AUGCCAGCCAAGUACAAGACCGAAGCACAACGCCGCGAGGCUCGGUUACUAUCCAAGCGAAGAUGUUAUGAAAGGCACAAGCUUGAUGAACGCUUGAAGUCCCGAACUCGUUGGCGUAAACACAUUGGAGCUACAGUGGUCACACAACAACUUUUGCACCAGCUCGAUAACAUAUGGCUUGACCUAGGUUAUCGUCCCGGACCUUCUCAAUACGCUACCAUCCUGCGAGGGAAUGGUGUCAGACGCCCAACAACUUCUUUGCAAAGCUCGCGAAGCGCUGCAGCUGCCGUGGAUGCGGUUGAGUUGGAUUAUGAUACAUGGGAGGAAGCCUUGUCUUUGAUGGACAAUAGUGUAGAGACUUACUUCGAUCUUCUCAACUAUGGUGCUCGCCGCUUCUUUUCAACUUCUUCAACCAACCACCACCACACCGUUACACCUCUGCAGCUAAAAUCAUGCCUGCGUCCUCUUAUUGAUAAGGUACUUGAGGCUAAACUGCAAGAAGGUCGUGAUAAACGCAGACGCUAUUAUGCAAAAGAUAUAAUCCUAAGACGGCGAAGGGAGUUUCGUGUUGAAAAGAACACGGGGCAGCCAUCGGAGCUCGAGAAAGCCAUUGCAAGAGCUCUGCAUGGAUACGACUCGGAUGAAGAUGGUGAUGAGCCGGAGACAGGCAAUUUCAGCGACAUUGAGGAGAACGAUGACCCACCAUCGGAUCUUACAGGAUGUCUGCUCACCCUCAAGGUGAUCAAAGACGAAAUGGUGUCUUUGAUCACUGAACCCUGUGCAUUUGCUGAGGGUGUCUUACUUCAAUUUGUCAACAGCAUCGCAUACACAGACGACCGUGCCGAUAAUGGUGAUAAAACCAUUGUCACCAAUAUGACAGCCACAGUCCAAGGCUUGCUCAACCGCUCCAUCAUUGUUCAAGAUCAAAUCCUUACUUUUUGCGGUGUCUCAGCUGAGUUUCGUGCUGCUGACACAGUCACUCGUUACCUCAGUACCACCCUUGCAUACUUGGAGGAUAUCGAGUUUUUCUUCGACGUAGAGGGAGUUUCGGAGCUGUGUGUUGCUCACUCGAUGGGCGAGUUGAUGUACCAGAAGCGUCUUCGUGUUUGA